AUGGGGGCUAUUACAGCUUUUGUGUACUAUGGUGGGGAAUGGGGCAUCCCCAUCGUGCCCCCGUCAGACGAGCCAAACCACUGUUUGAAUUUCAAGGUGCCUGAGCUAUCCGACGAGGAAGCUGUGGCCGCUAUUUACUUUCAGUUGGAGGCUAAGAUAGUCGAUGGUGGCGAGGUGUUUGUAGCGGGGAACUGGCCCCCGAGCUGCAAAUUGUUCAAGGACGAGCAUUUCUUGGCGGCCUUCGGCUUGAGUCCGGCCUUUCCUAAGGAAGCCUCUCUAGCUUUCCUUAAAGAAAUCGACCAAGACAUGGCCGAGCGACUAACCUCUGCUGCUCUGAAGGCGGCUCGGAUUAAGGCCGAGAUGAAGGCCAACAAGAUCAACAAGCCUUCCAAGCCAAAGGAUCCUUCCAAUCCCAUGCCGAGGAAGCGCAAGGAGCGCACUGAGGAGAGGGUGGAGAUGACGGAGAAGGCCCCGGCGAAGGCCCGAGCCGAGAAGGAGGCCUUGGCCAAGAAGGCAAGGCAAGAGCCUUCUGUAGAGGUGAACAGCCCCCGCCCGGCUUCUGGGGAUGAAGGGACACACAUUUCCCUUCACCCAGAGGAUUUCGAGCCGGUGCGAAGUCCAAGCCAUGUACAGGGGACCUCUCACACCGAGCAGGCCCUAUCCGAGGCGCCGAUCCCGUUUACCGAGAUGUCCAAGUCGGACAAAAGGCAGAGGAUCGCCAGUGCCUUGGAGAUACUGUUUUCCAUCCGGAUGACCAAAGUAGCCGAGGACCGGCUCACACUGGUGCAGGAGGUUCAGAGCCUGAAGGAGGCGGCUCGGAAGCACUUUGAUGAAGUUUAUCAGGCCAAGGAGGCUAAGCGUCUGGCCGAGCUCCGCUUGGAGGAGGCCAACAAAAAAAUUGAUAAGGGCGAGGCGACCUGGAAGCAAGAGAGGGAAGACUGGAAGGUCGAAAGGACCAACCUUUCUCUUGCCAAAGAAAACGCUGAGUCCGCCAAAGUUACGGCCGAGACCAAGCAAGCUCAGGCCGAGAAGGAUUUGGAAGAGGUCCGGCUCAAACUCUCCGCGGCUGAGGCUCAACUAAAAGAAGCCCAAGCGGCCGCUUCUCGCUCUCAGGAGGAGUGGUUCAAUGCCUGGCAAAAGUCGGACGACUGUACUGACUUCUGCGCCGAGGUGGGCCAAUCCUCCCAUAAGAUGGGCGAGGACGAGGCGCUUUCUAGGCUAAGGGAAGCCUUGGCUGAUUCCUGUCCUGAGGCUGACUGGAAUUCAGUCUGGUCUCGCUACCAGGAGUUGUCUGAGGCCGAGGCAGCUGAGAUUAAAGCCAAAAUGGCUGAGGAGAUGAGCUCGGACAGCGACACUGAUGGUGAUGAAGAAGAUGCUGGAAGCACCGAGCCACCUCCUCCAGAGCAACCUGCCACCGGUCCUUCUACUUAG